AUGGACAUGGACGACUCGGGCGGCGGCGUGUUCACGGCGUCGUCGUCGUCCUCGUCGCGGCUGACCUCCGCGUCGUCCUUGUAUUCGUACUCGUACUCUUCCUCCCCCUCCACGCCCGCUCGCUCCUCCGCCGUCUCGUGCUCGCUGUCGCUGACGGCCUCGGGGGCGCUAUCUCCGGCGCCGCCGCCGGUGAGGCAGCACGCGAAGGGGUCGUCGUCGACGACGUCACCGGCGGCCGGUGCGGCGGCCGUGGUGGUGCUGUGCCUUCUCUUGGUGGUGUUGUGCGGCCGGGUCGGGGCCACGCUGUUCACGCCCACGUCGCUCUACCUCUUCCCGCGGCGGUGCCCGGCGAAAGCUCAUAGGGACGACAACCUGGACUCUCGCUCGAGUGCGACGCAGAGGAGGAGACGGCCAUGA